AUGGACAUUGUCGAUCUUUUCAAAUUGGUAACAACAAAAGAUUCUACUUGUGAACAUCAACAGCAACAAUACCUUUCACCAUCAGAAUGUAAAUCAUCAAAAAAAACGAUGCGUCCAUUUCGUUUUCCACAAAUUGGUUCAUCAACCAAUAUCCCCAUCGCUCAGUCAGAUCCUCAUCGUCAUCGUACAUUGUCUUUAUCAAAUUAUCUUUACAAUGAACGUAAUCGUCGUCAAUCUCUAGCCGAAUCUACAUUAACAUUUCAACCAGUUAGACAUGAAACAUUAGAAAAACGAGAAAUACUCUCAUCAGAAAAAAAACUAGCAGUUUUUCAUCAUAAUAUGAAUAAUCAUAAAGUUGAUACUGCUGUUAUUCAUUCUGAACAAGAUCAAGCUGCGCAACCGUCAUCACCAUCACCAGUCUCUAGUUAUUGGAACACCGAUCGUAUAAGAGAAUGGGUAGUAGAAGAAACAAAUAGCAAUGAACGAACAACAACACCGAUUAUUGUUAAGGAAUGUAAUUCAAUAACAAAAAAUGAUUUAGUUGAUUUUUAUCGUCGUUUUCGUGGUGAAACUCAUACUUCAACAUCAGCAGCAUCAUUUUUAUAUUCAAAUCCAUCGUCAAGUCAUCAUUGGUAUGCAUUAGAUAAAUAUGGUAAACUAAUCGGGUUCCUAUUUUGUGGAGAAAAAAAAUAA